CCAAGGAAGACGAGAGCCCUUCCCAUCGCCCAACAGCCCGGCCCCAGGAAGGGUUUUCAGGCGGGCUGGAAACCGGUUUCUCCAGCUCCCAGCAUCGCCGGGGGCGCGUUCUGGCUUUCGGAGGCGCGCAGCUGAAGACCGCGGAGAAGCGGGGCGAAGUGGGGCGACCAUGAGACCGCCACGCUUACUCCCAAACGCCACUUUGGGAGGGAAGGCGAGCAGCAGGGAGUUUCUUUCCCAAGGCUGGUAUGUCGCGAAUGAGCAGACUUUGCUCUUAGGCAUCUUAUUGGCAGUCACGGGAAACAUUCUUAUCAGCAUCUCAUUGAAUCUGCAGAAAUACUCUCAUCUUCGGUUGACCCAACGAACCACUCAGAAACCUUGUUACAGAAGUAAACUCUGGUGGUGUGGAAUUAUACUUAUGGGGAUUGGAGAAAUUGGGAACUUUGCAGCCUAUGGAUUUGCUCCAGUCACGGUUGUUGCUCCAUUAGGAAGUGUGGCUGUCAUUGGUAGUGCGGUUAUAGCUGUCUUAUUCCUAAAAGAGAACUUUAGAUCUGAAAGUAUAUUGGGUGGUACAGUGACUCUUGCAGGAACAUUUCUGUUGGUGACCUUUGCGCCUCACGUUACCCAGAAAGUCACAGCAAGAACAAUACAGAGUAAUUUAGUCAGUUGGCAGUUCUUGAUUUAUAUGAUCGUGGAAAUAAUAACUUUCUGCAUUCUUUUGUAUUUCUACAAGAGAAGGGAAGCAAAGCACAUUGUAGUUUUGUUAACAAUGGUAGCACUAUUAGUAUCUCUGACCAUCAUUUCAGUGAAAGCUGUGGCAGCCAUGUUGACAUUUUCUGUGAAGGGGAACAUGCAGUUAACAUACCCUAUUUUCUAUCUUAUGCUUAUUCUGAUGGCAUUAACUUGUGUAUUUCAAGUCAAGUUCUUGAAUCAAGCAACGGAGAUCUACGGUUCAGCCGCAGUUAUCCCACUGAACUAUGUGCUCUCUACUCUUAGUUCUAUCCUGGCAGGAGCCAUAUUUUAUCAGGAGUUCCAAGGCGCAGAUAUCCUGAGCGGUUUCAUGUUUCUCUUUGGGUCUUCUCUGACGUUUAUUGGCGUUUUUAUAAUAACCCGGAACAGAAGCAAGGAACAUUUGACAACUUUUUAUAUAGACUGUGGACACAUUCCUGGGAAGAAGAAGAGCAGCACAAUACAGCCAGAUUUGAACAACCCAUCCUAUGGUUCUUUAUAUAAAGAAAGUGCCUCUCUUAAGACUCCAACCAAAGAGUAAAGAGAAAUUCCAUUUUAAAAAAAAGUUUCCAUUUAUGUGUUUUUGAUUCACCAUGCUUUUAUCACCCAUUAAUUAUGUAUCAGAUUAUUUUACCCUCGCAGCUCUUGGGUUGUUUUUUUUUUUUCAU